UUUAAAAAAAAAUUUAUCAAAAUUCAAAGUUAUGCCCAGAAGUCAAAAUUCAUGGGCAUGUGUUUAUGAAGAAUUCCACAUAUAUAUACUUGCUUCUCUUCUCCCUUAUUCUCUCCCCUGUCUCUGUGAAUCUAAUUUUGCAGUUAUACCCUCUCAUACCCAUAUUCUUUAACAUGGGAAUUGAUAUGUCAAAACCCACAAUCUAGAAAUUCAAACAGAUCAAAAUUACUAUGAAGUUCUCUUUUCGUUGCUCAAAUUGCUUCUCCUCUACAUCAGACUCCAAUAUUGUCAAUAGAAGCGGAGAGGGUGAACUGGGUUCUCAGGAUUUCCGGGUAUUCUCUUACAACGAAUUGAAAGCUGCCUCUCAUAAUUUUCCUUCAUCAAACAAGAUUGGUGAGGGAGGUUUUGGAUCUGUCUACAAGGGCCGGCUUGGAGAUGGCACAUUUGUGGCUAUAAAAGUGCUUGCAGUUGAGCUCGAGUCGAUGAGGGGGGAAAGAGAGUUCAUAUCUGAGUUAUCUGCACUUUCUGAUAUCAAACAUGAAAAUCUUGUUAAACUUAGAGGAUGUUGUGUCAAUGGAGCUGAAAGAUUUUUGGUUUAUGAUUACAUGGAAAACAAUAGUCUCUCCCACACCCUUCUUGGUGGAGAGCAAAAUAGGGUCAAUUUUGGUUGGGCAAGGAGGAGGAAAGUCUCAUUAGGGGUUGCUAGAGGACUAACCUAUCUCCAUGAGGAGGUUGAACCCCGUAUCAUACACCGUGAUAUUAAGGCAAGCAAUAUACUUCUUGAUCAGGAUUUUACACCUAAAGUCUCAGAUUUCGGUCUGUCCAAGCUGUUUGGAGAGAAUGCUUCUCAUAUUAGUACUCGUGUUGCUGGGACAAUAGGUUAUCUUGCUCCAGAAUAUGCCAUUAGCGGACGUUUGACACGAAAAUCAGACAUUUACAGUUUUGGAGUACUAUUGUUGGAGAUAGUCAGUGGUCGGUCAGUUGUGGAUUUCGACUUGGAACGUGGAGAGCAGUACCUUGUUGACAAGGCAUGGGAAAUGUACAAGGCCAACAACCUUGUGGCACUGGUGGACCCUGUGCUAAAUGGAGACUUCCCGGAAGAAGAAGCAAUCCGAUUCUUGAAAGUAGGCCUACUUUGUGUGCAAGAAACGUCGAGUCUACGGCCAUCAAUGUCAAGUGUGGUUAAAAUGUUGACUAAUGAGAUUGACAUCACCAACAUUAAAAUAUCACAGCCGGGGCUUGUUGCUGAUCUCAUGGACGUUAAAAUUGGAGGCCAAAGGCAUUCUACACACAGCUUUUUCUCCAGGGGCUCCACCAGUAUGAGCACAAUGAGCCCCAGAAGCAGCUACGUCUAAUUCACCAGAUGUUUUGUGCCAGAUUGAUUAACAAUUUAUCGUUGGAAGAGAAUGUGAACAAUACAAACUGUACAGACUGGACCAUUUGAUGUUUAAUCUAACGGAUGGGAAGUGCAACAGAUGAUUAGCGGCUUAGUGCAGUAAGUGAGAAUUGUAAUUUUGUAAUUCAGUUCCUUUUGUGAAAUUUAUGAAUUUUGUGACAGUUGUACAUAUAGAUUCAUUAUUUGUGAACUUGACCAAGUUACAGUUGCAAUUUGAUAGAAUGAAUACCAUUUUGUGCUGUGUUGGAAGUUACAUUUUU